GUCCCGGACAUGCGAGACGAGACCAAGUGGGAAUUCGAGGCUCCGAAAUAUUUCGACUUCGACGCCGACGCGUCGGAUGAUGAAGGGAGCGAGGCGUACUUCGAGAGCGAGGCGCCGACGCGACUGACGACGCCGCGCGGCAAAACGGCCGCGGCGCCGGCGAAUUCGUGGCGUGCGCCCGCGGUCGUCGCCAUCACGGAUGCGACGCAGGCUUUUUUGAGCGAUCCGGCGAAUCGAGGAGUGGGAGGGGACGUCGAUCGGACGUCGCCGAGGGAGGGGAUGAAGAGCGCGGCGAGACGCGGCGGCGAGACGCCGGGACGGACGCCGAGACGCUUGGGCGCGCCGAGACGGGAGGUGGUGACGGGUUCGAGCACGGAUAAGAAAGUUAGAAGUGCGGCAAAGACGCCGAAGAGCGAGGAUGUGAAGACGCCCGUGCGUCGGUCGCCGCGUUUGGCGUUGAUGUUCGCGCGUUCGAGCGAGAAGAAGGACGGCUCGGAGGCUUCAGCCGCGACGAAAUCGACGACGAAAUCGGCGCGCAAGAGUCGAUUUGCGUCGCAGACGCCGGCGAAGAGAAUAUUGAAGACACCAAGACCCAUUGUUCCUCGCGCGGCAUUGAUCGCGAAACAUAAGCAGGUUGUGAUGUCGGCGGCGAAGAAGAAGACGUCGGCGAAGGUCAUCGCGGCGUCGUCUCGCUUGCUCAAGGGCACGCAAAACACUGAUUCUGGGGUAGAAAAGUUCAGAUCGCGCAAAGAAAAGCUUCGUGCGUUCGAAAUUGGGGGACGUACGACGGAUUACGAGGAUCUGACGCUGAUCCCAGCCGCGACGACGACGACGAAGGCUCGAAGCCCGAAAUUCACGAACACGCGCAUAAAACAAAAGAUAUUGACCACGGAAGAGCGCGAGUUGUUGGAGAUUGAGAAAAUGAAAGCAGCGAUGGAGAAAGAAAAGGUUCGUCGCCGAGCGAGCUCGUACGCGCCGCCGUACACGACCAUCAAGUCCAAAGUAUUGAAGACGCUGACAUCGGCGCGAGCCAGCAAAGCCGCAGCGCCGAGUGAACGCGCGGUCGACGACGCCGCUGACGCCGUGCGUCGAACGCGAUCGAGACGGACGUCAGCGCCGACAAUGUAUGGAGCCAUAGAAGACGAGCAAACUCCUGAUUUGCGCGACAACAAGCGCAAGCGCAUCUCCAUCACGGGCGCCGUGCUCACCGAAAUCAAACCUUUCAACCUGACGACCGAACGCCGAGGCGCGUAUCACGAACGCAAGUUUGCGAGAAUGCGCGAAGACGAGGAAGAGCGCGAAAACGCGAGCCGGCCACGAUUCACGGCGACGCCGAUUCCUCGCAACCAGCGGGCUGGAGUUUCGAUCACGCGCCAACAACUCGCAUCCAUGCUUGGGCGCGACGGCAAGUAGACGAGA